UUUUAUAGGAGUGUGUGUAUAGAAAGAAACCUUUGGUCGUCUUGCUGAGGAGUGAUUCCCAGUUUUUCUUUGCAAGUCUAGGGGAAAAUGUCUAGCGGAAUUGCGCGUGGUCGUCUCGCUGAGGAGAGGAAAGCAUGGCGUAAGAAUCAUCCUCAUGGUUUUGUGGCAAAGCCGGAGACUGGUCCUGAUGGUACUGUCAAUUUGAUGGUCUGGCAAUGUUCUAUCCCGGGUAAACCUUCGACUGACUGGGAGGGCGGUCACUAUCCAAUAACGAUGCAUUUCAGUGAAGACUAUCCAAGCAAACCCCCGAAGUGCAAGUUUCCAGCAGGUUUCUUUCAUCCAAAUGUCUAUCCUUCAGGAACUGUUUGUUUGUCCAUCCUCAAUGAGGACAGUGGAUGGAGGCCAGCCAUUACAGUGAAGCAAAUUUUGGUGGGUAUACAAGAUUUGCUUGACCAGCCAAAUCCCGAUGAUCCAGCACAAACCGAUGGCUAUCAGCUUUAUAUGCAGGAUACAGAUGAGUACAAGAAGCGAGUGAAGCAGCAGGCUAAGCAGUAUCCAGCUCUACUCUAGUUUUAGCCGCGUGAAGACGAUGUAAUUAAAUUUGACUAUGAGUAACUUUCUCUUGAUUCUUAGCAAACACCAAUAGUCCUUGUUGUAAUAGUGACUCUGUGCCUAACUUUGGGUGCUUAUCUUGUCUAUGAUUCAAUAUGCAA